AUGUCUCAACACACUGUUUUCCGAUUCCCCGCCAGAAACACCUUUGAAGACUUGACUUGCCAUCAAGAAGAGAUCCCAAAGCCCCUCAACCAUGAAGUCCUGAUCAGGGUUCGUGCUGUAGCACUCAAUGCGAGAGAUUGCCAGAUUGCCACUUCGAAAUAUCCCUUCGCCAUCAAAGACAAUGUGGUUCCAGGAUCCGAUGCUGCCGGUGACAUCGUGGAAGUGGGUGAUUUGGUGACCAAUUUUACCAAAGGAGACCGGGUUGUUGUAUGCUUUGACCAAACCAGGCCAUAUGGGCCGUCCAAGCACCCCGUUGCCGGUCAGUCUGGCGGUGGGGUGGAUGGCGUGAUGGCUCAGUAUAUCACCCGCCCAGCAUCUGCAGUCGUCAAGAUCCCACCUGAAGCUCCUCAAACAUACAGUGAGCUUGCUACACUUGUAUGUACUGGAGUGACAUCCUGGAACGCCCUCUAUGGAAACAACCCUUUGGUUCCCGGCCAAGUCGUCCUCGUUCAAGGUACCGGUGGUACCUCUAUGACUGCCCUAGUUCUAGCCCAGGCAGCUGGAGCUAAGACUAUUGUCACCUCUUCCAGCGAUGAAAAGCUGAAAUUCGUCAAAGAGAGAUUCAAUCCCGACUGGUGCAUCAACUACUCCAAGACUCCAGACUGGGCCGCUGAAGCUAUGAAACUCACUGGAGAUAAAGGGGUGGACCAUAUCGUUGAGAUUGGUGGCGCUGGAACCAUUAGACAAAGUUUGUCUGCAAUUACGCGAGGGGGUGUGAUCAGCAUUAUCGGAUAUCUUGCCCAAGCCGACCCCAAGUCCACGACCGACAUCCUGAUACUCGCGCUCGGCAAGGAGGCGGUUUUACGUGGCCUUAUUGUUGGUCCUAAGUGUAUGCUGGAUGACCUGGUGACAUUCACUUCUCGCAAGCAAUUGAGAUUUCACAUUGCCAAGGAGUAUGGCUUCACUCGAGAUGAGAUUUUGGCUGCUUAUCAUGCGGUUGAUUCUGGAAAGCACAUCGGGAAGAUUUGCAUUGCGGUUGAGUGA